AUGUCUAGCAAGGCGGCGCUCAAAGCCAUCGCCGAUGCAGUGCGCCAACAAAAGUUUGACGAUGUCAUUGAGAAGGCCCGGGAUUUUUUGAAAAAGGAGCCCAACAACUACCAGGGUCACAUUUUCUUGGCUUUUGCGUUGGAUAAGAAGAACCGACUAGAUGAAGCUGAAGCUGUCUACCAAUCGGCAACUCAGCUGCGUCCCCAAGAUGCACAGGCUUGGCAGGGCCUCAUCAAGCUGUAUGAGAAACAGGCUGCCAAGAAGCUGCGCGAGUAUCAAACAGCAAUCGUCCAUCUAGCCCCCAUCUUUCACCAGGCGGAGGAAUUGUACAAGUGCCAAGAAGCAGUCGAUAAAUUCGUCGACUUUGCUCGAGUCCAUGGAGAUCAGCUACAGUAUGCCGAUGCCCUGUGGAUCAGACUUCCCGAGAGUCCUCUGUACUCAAUUCUGGAAGGCUACUUCCCCCAUCCCUCCAAAACUUACGAAAGCAUCACUCAUAUCAUCGAGACAUAUGAGAAAAAGGCUAUCAACACGCUCAUCGGAGAGCGACGAACGAGGCUGGGUGCAACUUUGACCGAGGUCACCCUCGAGGUGAAGAGAGAAAUCUACGGCGGAAGCAAACUGGAGCACCUUUACCGGGAACUCAUCAACUGGACUACUGAUGAUGAUGUGAGAAGAAGUUAUGAAGAGAAACUGAUCCAAUACUGUCAUGAUCGCCUCAUUGUGUUGCCAGCAGGACCAGAAAAGACGGAGGAGCAACAGAAGGUUCUUGGACUGGCAAAUGACAUGGUCAUCAUCAGACACCCCUUCCGACUGGCCUGGGAUAUUGCCAUUAACUGGCAAGACAAGAAAGAAAUUCGCGAUUACGACGUGGAUCUUCUCAGAAACUACUGUAGUUUCUUUCCGGAAAGCGAUCUAUACAAGAUCAUCACUGGAUUCCUAACAAGCAGCUUUUCUCCUUUCGCUGCACCUGCGGCAGAUGAAUCGAAAAAAGCACCUUCCGCCGAGACCGAAACCUCUGACGAUAGUGACGAGGAAGAUGGUGGUGCACCAACCUUUGUGGUCCCACUGACUGAAGAAGAUCGAUUAGUCGGACAGUAUCUUCUGCGGUCCGGAGAAUAUGAGAGCACAGUAGAAUUGAUGCGCAAGGCCGUUCCUUUUCUUGCCAGACAGAAAACAAAGAUCGGCCUGUCGUAUGAAAACACAGAAGAUGCCUAUUCCAUCUCGCUUGCGACAGCGCUCAUCUACUACCAAUCUCCGAGACAUCACCAGGAAGCCAAGCGCCUAUUUGACAAAGUUCUGGAGCACGACAAGACUUCAACUCCAGCCAUGAUCGGUGUCGGUCUCAUAUUCGAAGAGGAGGAAGAUUAUGAGGAGGCGAUUGACUUUCUUACUCGUGCAUUGGCUCGAGAUGCUUCCAACCUUCGUGUCAAGUCCGAAGCUGCCUGGGUCAAAGCUCUCAGGGGAGAUUGGCAAACAGCGCUAGGUGAACUGCAGGAGUGCUUGGAGCCUCUAGAAGAGCAAGGUGAUGCCUCCAAGGAGCUCCUGGCUGAUACUCAGUAUCGCAUCGGAAUGUGCAUCUGGAACCUGGACACGGAUAGACAAUCUCGAAAGCGGAAGAAGGGCGAAUGUGCUUAUGCCUACUGGCUCAAGGCUCUAAACAACUCCUUGAACCAUGCCCCCACGUAUACUAGCCUGGGUAUCUUUUACGCAGACUACGCAUCAGAUAAGAAGCGAUCGCGACGAUGCUUUACAAAGGCCCUGGAGCUAUCAUCCUCAGAAGUGACGGCGGCCGAACGCCUGGCUCGCUCUUUUGCAGAUGAUGGAGAUUGGGAUCGAGUGGAAUUGGUUGCCCAGCGCAUCGUUGACUCUGGCAAGGUUAAGCCCCCACCAGGGUCGAAGCGAAAGGGAAUCAGCUGGCCUUUUGCGGCCCUGGGUGUUGCUGAAUUGAACAAACAAGACUUUCACAAGUCUAUCGUGUCGUUCCAAGCAGCCCUCAGAAUCACUCCCAACGACUAUCACUCUUGGGUUGGGCUCGGCGAAAGCUAUCACAGCUCUGGACGGUACAUUGCGGCGACCAAAGCCAUCCUCAACGCAAAGAAACUGGAAGAAGAUUCUAAAGUGGAUGUGUCUGGGGAUACUUGGUUUACCAACUACAUGCUCGCCAACAUUAAGCGUGAACUAGGCGAGUUUGAUGAGGCCAUCACACUCUACCAGACAGUUUUGGAGACGCAUGCAGAAGAAGAGGGAGUUGUUCUCGCACUGAUGCAAACCAUGGUCGACAAUGCCGUUACAAGCGUGGACAGGGGCCUGUUUGGAAAGGCGGUCCAUCUUGCUAUAGAUGCCAUCAACUUUGCGACAAAGCGGAGUGGCAGUGUGUUGGAGACUUUCAAUUUUUGGAAGAGUAUUGCUGAGGCUUGUUCUAUUUUUACGCAGGUCCAGAGCCGAACUGCGGAUUUUCCUAUCGACUCUAUCAAGCCUCUUCUGGAGUCUCGGCCACAGGAGGCUUUCGAUGUCCUUGCCAAUGUUGACAAGGUUGGCACCGAUGUCGUUUACCAAAAAGCCACAACAGACGAGCAUUUUGGCAUUGAGAUUGCGACAUGUCUACACGCAACAAUCCUGAGUUACAAGCAGGCCAUCUACGUAUCUGCCAAUGAUAUUCACGCACAAGCUGUUGCAUACUAUAACCUGGGAUGGGCUGAAUACCGCGCUCAUACCUGCCUGCCAUCACAGCUGCGGAAAAAGCCGAAUCGAUAUAUCAGAGCUGCUGUCAGGGCAUUCAAACGAUCCAUUGAACUGGAAGCCAACAAUGCGGAUUUCUGGAAUGCGUUGGGAGUAGUGACUAGCGACAUCAAUCCUUCCAUAGCCCAGCAUGCAUAUGUUCGAAGCUUGCACUUGAAUGAGCGUAGCCCAGUGGCGUGGACGAAUCUGGGGACUUUGGCACUGCUUGCAGGAGACUUUAAGCUUGCCAAUGAGAACUUCACGAGGGCUCAGUCAAACGACCCGGAUUAUGCGCACGCAUGGCUCGGCCAAGGCUUUGUGGCGCUGCUGUUUGGUGAAGCAAAGGAGGCCAGGGGUCUCUUUACGCACGCAAUGGAAAUCUCAGAAUCGUCAUCGCUGCCUGCACGCCGUCACUAUUCGUCUUCGCUUUUCGAUCACAUCUUGACGGCUCCGCUUAACUUGAACGUAGCAUCGCUCAUUCAGCCCCUGUUUGCUGUUAACCAAGUGCAGAGCCUACGCCCUGAUGAUUUGGCGUUUGUCCAUCUCAAAACUCUCCUGCAAGAGCGCACGGGCGAAAGCCCUCGUGCCGUCGAGACUCUCGAGAAGAUAUGCGAAAAGCUGGAAGCCGAUUACGAAAGGACCGAGUCCGCUGAUGACCUUGCGCGGUUCACUCUGGCACGAACAGAUUUGGCGCGAGCAUACCUCGCUUCUGGAUCCUACGAGCAAGCCGUCGAGUGCGGAGAAAUGGCAUUAGGCUUGAGCGGCGAGGAGGGCGAGAAUGAGUUGACGAGCGAGCAGCGCAAAAAGGCUCGAUUGUCCGCACACUUGACUGUGGGACUUGCGCAGUAUUACCUGAAGACGUACGAUGAGGCAGAGAAAUGCUUCGAGUCGGCGUUGGAAGAAUCCGACAACAAUCCUGAUGCGACGUGCUUGCUCGCCCAAGUUCUAUGGGCCCAAGGCACGGAGAGCGCAAGAGAAAAGGCUCGCGGUGCCCUGUUUGAGGUUAUUGAAAAGCAUCCCGACCAUGUACAAAGCGUGUUACUCCUAGGAGUCAUUGCCCUUCUCGACCAAGACGAGGCAAGCUUAGAAGCCGUAGUAGAAGAGCUCCAAGGCCUCCGAACAAACGACAAGGUUACAGCGGCAGAACAAUCUCGCAUCGGCCAAGUCUUGCGAGCAGUUGCCUCUCUCGGAGACGGAAAGACGGAGCAGGACAUGAUCUCACAGGUCCAGACAGACAUCAUGCUGUAUCCCAAUCUCCCGCAUGGCUGGUCAUCGCUUGCUGAGACGACGGCCGAAGACGGCGACUACGCGGCUGAGAUGUCGCUCAAGGUUGCGGCAAGGGGCAUUCCGCCGCGAGGAACACUGGAGGCGCAGGACUUGGCUAAGGCGUAUGCUGGGACGGGCAGAGUUGCAGAUGCGCAGAGAGCAGCGUUUUUGGCGCCGUGGGAGGGAUCUGGGUGGAAUGCUCUUGAGAUUAGUGUUGAGGGCAUAUGA